AUGGAGAAAUUCUUCAGGAAGCUCAUGUGCGUUAGGAAAUGCUUGCGGCGUUGGAAUAAGGAAACAUUUGGCCACAUUUUUUCAAAGGUGAAGCGAGCGGAGGAGUAUUUGCUGCAAUGUGAACAAACAUAUGAUAACUUGAGAGGUGAAGCAUCCCGAAUUAAAUUAGGAGAGGCUAGAGCUAUCCAUGCGAAACAGUUAUCCAUUGAAGGGGAUUUUUGGCACCAGAAAUCUGCAAUGAAAUGGAUUCAAUUAGGUGAUGCUAAUACAACUUUUGUUCAUUCGGUGGUGCGGCAGCGAAGAAACUCAAACUUCAUCUCCAGAAUUAAACAUGACUCGAGGGCUAUUUUGGAAGAACCUUCGAGCAUUAAUUCCUCAGCGGUGGAGUUUUUUAGCACCCUCUUUACCUCGGAACGAGAGGGCAAGUUGCUACCGGCAUUGCCUUUUGCGAUUCCUCAAAUUAGUAGUGGUGAUAAAGAUUCUUUAGCUGCCUUGCCUUCGUUGGAAGAGAUUAAAUUAGUGGCGUUCUCUAUGUCGGCGGAGAGUGCUCUUGGCUCGAAUGGUUUUGGCACAGGGUUCUACCAUAGUUGUUAG